AUGGAGGACCCCUGCCCUGGCUUGGCCGACUAUUUCGACCCCCAGGCCCCUGCAGGGAACCAGUCUGGGUGGAACGCGAGCUGCGACUAUGCCUACGUCCUAGGGGGCGGGGCCCUAGAGACGGGGGACCGCGCCCACCUCACAGCACGCGUCUUCAUCGGUGUCGCCCUGGCGGGCAUCAUGCUCAUCUGUGGCGUGGGCAACGGGCUCUUUGUUGCCACCCUGGUGGGCUGCCGCAAGCUGCGCAGUGUCACCAACCUGCUGAUCGCCAACCUGGCGGUGUCAGACCUGCUGGUGGCGCUGGUGUGCUGCCCAUUCGAGAUGCACUACUAUGUGGUGCGCGAGCUGUCCUGGAGCUUCGGGCCGCUGCUGUGCUCAGCUGUCACCUACCUCCGUUCCGUGUCUCUCUACGUCUCCACCGACGCCCUGCUCGCCAUCGCCAUGGACAGGUAUCUAGUUAUAGUGCAUCCGCUGAAGCCCAGGAUGAGUUCCCAAAGGGCAUGCUGCGUCCUGGCUGCCAUCUGGCUCCUCUCUCUGCUGGUUGCCCUCCCCUCAGCCUACUUCAGCACCCAGACCAUGUUCGGCUCCUUCCACGAGUCCGCAGGCCACAAGACCUACUGCGUCCAGAUCUGGACGGCUGACAAAGCUGCGCUCUACAAGUCCUAUUUCCUCUUCCUCUUUGUGGCCCAGUUCCUCCUCCCCGUCCUGAUCAUGCUGGGCUGCUAUAGCCGAAUCUGCCGGGAGCUCUGGUUCAAGGACCUUCCUGGUGUGCAGACGGAGCAGAUCCGCGGGCGGCUGAAGGCACGGAGGAAGACUGUGCUGGUGCUCCUGGGGAUCCUGGUCACCUACAUCCUGUGCUGGACACCCUACUACAGUUACUCCAUCAUCCGAGACUUCUUCCCUGGGAUGCUGCUGCGUGUCACACACUCCGUCUCCCUCUACUAUCUGGUGGAGUGCAUCGCCAUGAGUAACAGUGUCAUCAACACGCUCUUCUUCAUCCUGGCCAAGAACCGGAGUGGGCGCUACAUUCGGCGGGCGCUGCUCCGCCGCUGCCCACCCCGACCGCGCCCGCAGACGCCCGAGAGGACUACGCUGGACCACCACUCCACGGCACCCCCCACAUCCCACUGA